UCUUUUCAAUCUUUUUCAUAUUGCGCCUCUCCGCCCCGCACGCCCCCCCACGCCAAGCAACCUCUUUACCAAUUUCUAUUUGCCCAAAGACAAACAGAGGCGUGAUUAAUGGCUCUCGGCUCCAUGAAUACCUGUCAGGUGUUGCUACUCAUUCUUGCCCAAUUUCUGGCGAUGACUAACUAUGUUGAGCCGAGUAACCAACAGUGCGUCGCUUCAUCCUGUGGUGAUAUUCGCAAUAUAAGCUACCCGUUUCAAUUGAAGAGUGUCCCGAAAGGAUGCGGUGACUCAUAUCACAAGCUAGCUUGUGAAAAUAAUCACACUAUUAGGUAUAUAUUAGAUAGCCGAUUUUAUGUAGUGUCUAUCAAUUAUUCCACUAGACAAGUUAGAUAUGUCGACGACGGGCUGCAAAAGGAUAAUUGCUCGUCUCUCCCUCGUAAUGCACUGUUGGGGAAUAGGCUCAAUAGCACUUAUUAUAACCAAAGUACAUUGGUCAUUGUGAACUGCUCAAAGCCAAUUAGUUCUCCAUUUUACAUCGCUACAAGUCCAUGCAUUAAGGGGUCGUAUUCUUCCAACACGUCAUCAAAUUGGAGCUUGUAUGCUUUACUCAAUCCAAAAGCAUCGGAUCUUAGGGAUUUUUGCAACAUUAGCAGGUGGACAUGGACAGAUUAUUUUGGGGUUGGAGAACACAUUAACAGUAGCUUCUACAACUACGAGCUAAUCCAUAGCAUCAUGGCCAAUGGAUUUGUUGGCCGCUACCAUGUUCAUGUUCCAGAGAAGAAAACUUUCUUUUGCUACUUUGAUUUGUAUGGCUCCUUUCAUUUCUAUAACCACUUUUAUUCACGUCGCUUAUUCAAUAGCUACACCGGAGGUUAGGUUUGCGGAUCCAACUACUACGAUGGCGGUAAGUACCCAUCGGCAAUGAACUUUCACUGUAAUUUUGCACGAUUCAGUACUCUUUCACUUGCUACGUUCUCUUCAAAACUGGAAAAUGAAAGGAAUAUCUCAUAUCCAAGAAAAUUAUGACAAAAUAGACAUGAUAGUGUACGUCAAUGUAAAUGUGUCUAGAUUAUAAAUUCUUUCCACAAAAGGGCUAAAUCUCCCACUGUAAAAAAAAAAAAAAGA